UCACGGAUUACAACGAAGCUCAUUAAGUUCGUGAGCACGGAGUACACAGGAUCUAUUCUCACAAAAUAGCAAAAGUGAAACAAAACAUUACAUUAAUUGCAAGUGAUAACAGAAUUAAACCAUAGGAUUCAAUCGAACGUGUGCAACACCAACAGUGAUAAUGGACAAGAAAAGGAGCGAAAUUCAAUCCUAUUACAAAAACAAGACCAUUUUUGUUACCGGCGCUUCCGGCUUUAUGGGCAAGGUUCUCUUGGAAAAGUUGCUGUAUUCUUGCUCGGAAAUCGACAAAAUUUACAUCCUUAUACGAAGCAAGAAAGGUCACAACAUCGAUACUCGACUCAGCAACAUAUUCGAUUUACCUUUGUUUCAAAGAAUUAAAAUCGAGAAACCUAAUGUCCUUCAAAAAGUGAUACCGUUAAACGGCGACAUAACUUCGGACAAUUUGGGUCUCACUGAAGAGCAGCGAGAACGUCUGAUAAACGAAGUACAUGUGGUAUUUCAUUGCGCUGCAUCUAUUCGCUUCGAUACGAAAUUAAAAGACGCCAUCGAGCUGAACACUAUAAGUACAAAAAGGGUAUUGGACUUGGCAAAGCAAAUGAAGCAACUGGAAUGUUUCCUGCACUUAAGCACGACUUUUUGUCACGUCGAACAAGAAGAACUUGCCGAAUGUACAUAUAAUUCCCCUCAUAAUCCCUACCAUGUCAUAAAACUCGUUCAAUGGCUGGACGAAGAAGCUAUCGAUCUUCUUACACCAAAUUUAAUGCAUCCGCAUCCAAAUAGCUACACGUAUUCGAAGUGUCUUGCCGAAACAUUGGUGGUCAACGAGUAUCCUAAUCUGCCUUGCUGUAUUGCGAGGCCAUCAAUUGUAUUUUCAGCUAUAGAAGAACCGUUACCAGGUUGGGUGGACAAUCUGAAUGGUCCUGUAGGAUUGUUCGUCGCUGCGGGCAAAGGUGUCGUCAGAUCAAUGCACUGCAAUGGCAGUUAUCAUGCUGAAAUUAUACCGGUUGACAUUGCGAUUAAUAAUUUAAUUGUAAUUGCAUACAGAGUCGGUACCAAGCAGGAGAAAUCAAAAAGUAUACCCGUGUUUAAUGUAACACAAGGCAGAAUAACAGAGACGACUUUCGGCGAGAUACUUGAAUUGGGUAGACGUGUUUAUUAUGAAUAUCCUUUUGAUGGACAGGUUUGGUAUCCUGACGGCAAUAUACGUAGCAACAAAUUUGUGCACAAUUUAUUCGUCUUCUUUUUCCACAUCAUACCCGCGUACUUUAUCGAUUUCUUAAUGCUGAUUUUUCGACAAAAAAGAUUUAUGGUCAAACUCCAGAAACGAAUUUCAGCUGGACUCGAAGUACUGCAAUAUUUUACCACGAGAAAAUGGAUGUUUCAUAACAAUAAGAUAACAACUAUAUUUGAUGAAUUAUCGCCAGAGGAUAAAAAAUUGUUUCCCACUUAUAUCGAUUCUAAUUACGACAAAAUAGAAUAUGUAAAGAAUUGGAUUCUCGGCGCGCGACAAUACUGCUUAAAGGAAGACUUGUCUUCUUUACCGAGAGCCCGUCGGCAUCAAAAAAUAUUGUACGUUGUUCAUAUUACAACAGUGUAUUUAUUCUACUUUGGCAUAUUAUAUUACAUUUACAACUCUGAGAUAAUAAGAAGCAGUUUGGAUUACAUCACGGAGAAAUUGAAAUUGUAGCCGAUUAUAGGCAGAUUUGUGUAAAUUUAUAAGAAUGCAUACGUAUUCUUUUCACGUUUAUCGCGUCAUACAUAUGUAAUUUGUGCAAUGCAACUAACAAAAGGGAGAAGGAUAAUCUCUUUGACACACAAUUAUUAUCCAAUGAUUUGUUUAGAGUUUUUUGAGCUACUUGUAAUUCUAUUCUAUAGAACACAUAUUACGAGGUGGAAGGCAAUCUUAAUAUAUAUUUUUGAUGUAAAAAUUUUAUUCUGACUAUUGAUAUUAGAUAUAACUUCGAAUUAGAGACAAUGACUAGUUUGUAAAAAUUAUAAAUAUGGUCUACAUUUGUUUCCUCAAUCAAAAGAUAAAGGUGUUUUUUUAAGAUGA